AUGGCGUCUUCUGAAGAGAACAGCCCUGUGGGAAUCAUUGAGAGCCCCAGACUUCGCUCUCUCGUCCGAGACGACUCCAUCAGUCCUCUGCUUGGUUUUCCGCCUCCGCUCGUCGACCUUCCUGCCUCGAUCCAGUUUCGCCACAGCAUCAACACUUCCUCCAGCACCGAUCUCGAGCCCGAAUCUGCCGAUAACGUCACCAUGGCUGAUCCGUUUGAGGUGCGCAUGCGCUUCUCCAGCCAGCUGCAGCAUCUGAAUGCGACAGUCGUGUCUCAUCAGAAAGCUGCGGCGUACGCCAUGAAGUACAAGGACAUGGAUGAGGAUCUUCACUCCUGCAUCCUCGAGCAGCUUGAGCGAUCUAACAUGAACACGCGCGCCAACAUCAUGUUCUGCAUCGAGCACAUCAUGGACAUGGCCAAGAAAGAGAAUCAUCUCAACUACAUCACCAUGAUGCAGCGCGACAUCAUCCGCAUCGUUGACGCCGUCGCUCCCGAGAAUGCGUCCGGCGCUGCGAACGUCAGGGUUGUCCGCCUGGUCCUUCAGUGUCUUGAGAACAAGGGACACAUUGAGAACCAAGUCGUGGUCCAGAUCGAGGAGGUCCUCAAGGACCGCGAAACCAGCGCUCACGAUGCCGGCCUCUCGUCACCUGUCCAGGGUGACCAGGACCUCGGCGACAUGCCCCCCAGCCAGACGAUCCCCAAACCCGGUCGCCCGUCUGCCCCCGGGCUCGACAAGCGCCAGAUCGAGCAGCGCAUCGAAGAAGACCGCGAGCGCCACAAGAGGCUCCGCGAGGACAUCUGGGCCAUCCGGGACCGCGACGCCGAGAUUGAUCGCCUCUGGGAGGAGACUAGUGACCUCGGUGAGGACGAUCAUACGAUGGGCCGCGAGGAGUUUCUUGCCCGUGAGGCGGCUGUUGCUCAGCAGUGCCCCCACUACACACCCCGCGGCCUGGAUGACCUCUACGGUCGUAAGGACCAGAACGGCGCCAGUGGCCGCGGCCAUGGCAACGGUACCUCUCACUAG